UUGGCGCAGGUGAUCCGUCUCAGGAUGCGAGAGGAGCGCGGAGGAGAGGGGAAGAGAGAGGGGAAAGCGCCGAUGGAAAAGUGUCCAGGGCUCGGUUAACAAGAAAACAAGGAUACCGGCCCGCUUCAGUUUGUCCCGGGCCGCUCGGCGAUGAGAGAUUCACCGAAAGGGGCACUUUGAGAUAUGAUGAGGUUUUUUUCUGGUCGGCAAUAGUACUAUGAUUUGGUAUGUGGCCACUUUGAUAGCAAGUGUAUUCAGCACCCGAGGAACGGCCGCUCAAGGUGCCCACGGAGUGCGAGAGGAGCCUCAGUUUGUGACGGCACGUGCAGGAGAGAACGUCAUCCUGGGAUGCGACGUGUCCUACCCCCUGAACGGCCAGCCCUAUGUGGUGGAGUGGUUCAAGUAUGGAAUGCCCAUCCCCUUUUUCAUCAACUUUCGCUUCUACCCUCCUCACGUGGACCCAGAAUAUGCUGGCCGGGCCACUCUGCAUGGCAAGUCAUCCCUGCGGAUAGAGAAUGUGCGUUCAGACGACCAGGGCUGGUAUGAGUGUAAGGUGCUGAUGCUGGAGCAGCAGUAUGACACCUUCCACAACGGCAGCUGGGUGCAUCUGACCGUCAACGCUCCCCCCACAUUCACAGAUACACCACCUCAAUACGUAGAGGCCAAGGAGGGGGGGAGCAUCACUUUGACCUGCACGGCCUUCGGCAACCCCAAACCCUCGGUCAGCUGGCUGCGGGAAGGCAGCCUCAUGGUCAGCAGUGCCAAGUAUAAGGUGUCUGAUGGGAGUUUGACGGUGCUAUCCAUCACCCGGGAGGAUCGAGGGGCCUACACGUGUCGAGCCUUCAGCCCCCAGGGAGAGGCCAUUCACACCACACGGCUGCUAGUACAAGGCCCUCCGUUUAUUGUAUCACCUCCGGAGAACAUUACAGUGAACAUCUCGCAGGACGCCUUCUUCACCUGCCAGGCCGAGGCCUACCCCCGUAACCUGACCUACACCUGGUUCUGGGAGGAGGACAACGUCUUCUUCAAGAAUGACCUAAAGCGCAGAGUCAGUAUUCUCAUCGAUGGUUCCCUCAUCAUUGCCCAAGUCAAGCCAGAGGAUGCUGGGAAAUACACCUGUGCUCCCAGCAACAGCCUGGGACGACCACCAACUGCCUCUGCCUACCUAUCAGUGCAAUAUCCUGCCCGUGUGGUAAACAUGCCAUCUGUCAUCUACGUGGCCAUUGGUCUGCCUGGCUUCAUCCGCUGUCCUGUAGAUGCCAACCCCCCUGUUACUCUGGUUAAGUGGAAGAAAGAUGGCUUCCCUCUACGGAUAGACAAGUACCCUGGUUGGAGCCAAAUGGACGAUGGGAGCAUCCGUGUGGCAGAGGUGACAGAGGACUCUCUCGGCACCUAUACCUGCAUGCCUUACAAUGCCCUGGGUACCAUGGGAUGGUCCCCUGCUGCUCCCCUGGUGCUAAAGGACCCUCCCAAAUUCUCAGUGGUUCCUGGAGGGGAAUACAGGCAGGAGGCUGGGAGAGAACUGGUUAUCCCCUGUGAGGCAGAAGGAGACCCCUUUCCCAACAUCACAUGGAGGAAGGUAGGGAAGCCCAGUAAAAGCAAGCACAAUGUUCUGCCCCGAGGCAGCUUACAGUUGAAGUCGCUCACAAAGGAGGACCACGGGGAGUGGGAGUGUGUCGCCACCAACGUUGCCACGAGCAUCACUGCCAGCACGCACGUCCAAGUCAUAGGCACAAGCCCCCACGCCCCCACCAGCGUCCAUGUGGCUGCGUCCUCCACCUGGGCCAAUGUGUCCUGGGAGGCGAGCUACGAUGGAGGCUUCCAGCAGACAUUCUCAGUCUGGUAUGGCCAUGUGCUGAAGAGGGAGCAUUUAGGUCCACAUGACUGGCUUUCCAUACCCGUGCCUGGAGGCCAUGACUGGAUGGUGGUGCCCGGCUUGGAGCCAGAGACAACAUACCAGUUUAGCGUUCUGGCCCAAAACAAGCUUGGCACAGGCCCCUUCAGCGAGGUUGUCACUGUGAACACACUAGUAUUUCCUAUAAGUACCCCUGAACCAUUGGUGCUGCUUACCCCACCACGGUGCCUCACAGCCAAUCGCACGCAGCAGGGAGUCCUGCUCACCUGGAUGCCACCUGCCAACCACACAGCACCUAUCCAGCAUUAUGUCAUGGAGUUUCGCCUGGGGGAACGGUGGGAGGUUUUGGACGACAGCAUUCCCGCUGGGGAGAUGGAGUUGCUCGCCCGAGACCUUGUCCAGGAGGCAUGGUAUGAGUUCCGUGUCAUGGCCAUCAUGGAUGACAUGAUCAGCGAGCCUAGUAACGUAGUAGGAGUGUCCAGCACAGACUUCUUUCCUCCAGAGUUGGUGGAGGAACGUGGACUGGCGCGACCAGUGGUGGCUGGCAUUGUGGCCACCAUCUGCUUCCUGGCAGCAGCUGUCCUGUUCAGUACGAUGGCUGCCUGCUUUGUCAACAAGCAGCGCCGGAGGAAGCUCAAGAGGAAAAGAGACCCCCCUCUUUCCAUAACCCACUGCAGAAAAAGCAUGGAAACUCCGAGUCCUCUUAGCCUCAUUCCCAGCGUUGAGCCCUACUGGGAGGGGCUGGACGCAAGCAGGUACAGGCCCCAACCUUCCAGUCCUCAGUCAUCUUCAGGAAAGGUGAGCCCUGAGAGUGUUCGUUCUAAGGGAUCCCCAUCAGAAUCAUCUGAAGAUAGUCAUGACCAGCGUGGGAAAAAACCACCCCCGAGCCCAGGGAAGAAGGAAGAAUUAUCUUUAUACAAGAAGACCAAAAGAGCAAUAACAAGCAAGAAGUACACCAUCUCCAAGCCAGAAGCGGAACCAACAACACCCAUUGAACUCAUCAGCCGGGGCCCAGAUGGACGCUUUGUCAUCGAUCCCACUGAUGCAGAAAUGUCUGUCAAGCCCCGGCGAAUUGAGGGUUUCCCCUUUGUGGAAGAAUCUGAUCUCUAUCCUGAAUUCCGACAGUCAGACGAAGAGAAUGAUGAUCCCAGGCCUCUGCCACCAGUUAUGGCCCCCCUUCGGCCUCACCACUUUUCCCCAAUCUCAAGUCAGGAAUCUUACCUGCAACCUCCAGCCUACAGCCCUCGUUUCCACAGGCCCUUUGAAGGUAUGACCAUCAUGGAGAGCAGUCGGCUCCAGGCCACAGGGCAGAUCCGAGGCUCUCUCCACCACAGGGCUUUCUAUGGCUAUCUAGGCCCCCCUGGAGAUCAUGAUCCCCCUCCUCCUUUUUACAUGCCUGAUACCAGCCCACUCAGCUCUGUCAUGUCCUCCCCUCCAUACCUUGCUGAAGGUCCUUUUGGUCACCCUAUGAUUCCUGAAGAAAUGGGAGAGGGUGAUUUUCCACAAUAUGCUGUCUCUGGUUUCCCACUUCCUCUAACCCUCACCUCCUCCUCUCGUUCACCGGAGAUUUGGCAGGGACUGGAUUUCACCUUUGCAAGUCUGGAGGGGCCCCAGUUCAUUUUCCCACCACAUCAUCCUUUACACCUCCGCCACGACUCCCCUUACCCCCCUCCACCUCAUGUUCUUCCCCUUAGUGCUUUUCAGCCAUCCCCUCUUCCAAUGCCCACCUACCCCCCAGCUGUCCUGCCACUGGAGGCCCCAAAGAGCCAUUCAAGCAAGUCUCCCAGCAAGGUCAAGCCUCAUGGCUCCCCAGCCAGGCAUUUAGCUAUGCAAGAGGCACAUUUAGGGCAGCUAAGACACACAAGUCACGGUAUGGGUGUGCCGCUUUUGCCUUACACCGAUCCAAUGGCCCAUAUUGUCCCUAGCACAUUCAGUAGCUUGGACACACGAUGGUUUGAAACCACCCCUCGUUUCAGUCCAAGACAGGCUCGUAGGAUGGAUUCUGGCUUGCAGCAGGUGGUUCUCCAGCCCUCUCGACUCUCACCCCUCACCCAAAGCCCCCUUAGCUCUCAUGAGGGUUCCCCAGAGAUUGUAGUACGUCCCAGGCCACGUCCCAGCAUUGUCCACCCUUCCAUACCCCCAGAGAUGUCUGAGAUUACACUCCUCCCUCCUUCCACAGCCAGCUUCUCCAGGAGAUCUUCCCCCUCCUCCUCACCUGCCCAAGGCCAGGGUAGCAGGAGAGCAAGCCCCAGCUACCGUUCUCACAUGGCCUUUGCCACCUCUGCAACCAGCUACCCAGCUUCCCAGUCCCCAUCACCCCCCAUGGAAAGCAGCAACAUAUUUGGGCAGAUGCCAUCUCAGAGGAGGACUGAGGAGGAGAUUCUUCCAUCUGAGCCUUCUCCACCCCAGUUGUCAGCUUCAGGAAAACGUCGAGGUGCGCCGAGUGCCCUUUCGGGGUCUGAGAGGAUUGAUGCACUGAGAUACCAACGUAUUAAAAAAGCCAAGAAGAUGACGAUGAACAACAAUAACUCCAAGUCCAGAAGGAAAGCAGGUGUCUCCACCUCUCAGACCCAGCAGGCCUACACCUCUCAGGUACUCCAGCCCGAAGAAGCUCUCUACCUCCGCAAGAAGAAGAAACGACCCAUCCUCCAUGACCCAUAUACUCGCUUUUCUGCUCUGCUGUACCGCCGCCCACAUCGGGAGGACCAGAAGGCUAUUUUGGCUAGCAUGGAUGACAUAGACCUAGACCAUGCCACCCUCCUCUGAAAGCCCUCGAGGACAAGGUCACAACCGUGCAAUACGCCACCCCAUUCCAAAAUAAAACUGCAGCAGCUACAUCCCAGUGGAUAAAAACAACACAUUCAAUUCAUAGAUAGUUGCAAUUUAUUGUUGGCGAAGGGGAAUCUCUCUGUAGCUACACGCUCAGUCAGUUCAAUUUGACCUUAAUGAUCACAUACAUGUUCAAAAAAGACCAAGAAUCCUUCAUAGAAAUCAAACUUAUUUCUUGUUGUGAAAGAAAUUAAGUAGAGAUGAAUGUGUUGGUCUCAAGUCAGUUAAUGGUUAAUGAAAUAACAGCCUUUGUAAAUUUGAAUUACAUGCCAGAUUGGAGUUCUGGCUCUAAGGCUUUUCCUCUGAAAAAACUUUGGCUAUUUUGUACAACUACUAAUUGGGCAGUCCAAAGGUACAAGAAUGUUGUGUAUUCUUAAAUCAAGUCGUGUUCCCUUUUUAAAGGGAAUUGAUUCAAAUCAAAACAAUAGCUGCUACACUUUCUAAAAGUUUUACUCCAGUGCAAAAGGUUAAUUACAGAAAAUAGGCAAUACUUGAUUACCAACUCCCAUUUCUCCUGUUUUUUUAAAAAAUUUAUUUAGUUGUACCCUAGUUUUCCCGCUCAACGUUUAGCAUUUUGAAUUAGAAAGUCUUCUCCCAGCUUGGGUCAUGUUUCUUGUGCUGAGCAGACAACUCCCCUGAACCCCAAAGAAAAAAAAAACUUGAGGGUCUCCGUUUACAGCACCUUCCACGGGAUCAUCUCCGCCAGCAACGUCUAUUGUCUCCCAAGAAACUCGCCUCACAAAUAUGGGUGUUCUUACUUCCUACCACUUAUACCUCAGAGCACAGGACACGAGACCACACAACCACCAGGAUCAGCCAGCAGAACAAACUAGCCUUUCUCACCUCAUUAGUGAUUGUUGCACACGUUGAGCAUUUAGUUCCUGCAUCCUGCAGAAUGACAGCUCUGUUGCGGAGGGUCACUCAUCUUUUCUGCUCUGUGGUAAAUGAUCAGGACAAGGGCUUGUUGUUUAAGGAAUGUUUGAGCAAUGGAAACACAACCUUUAACUAAUUUAUGCGGCUUAAUUUUCACUGUCGUUGCUUACAAAGAUAUGUACAUCUGCAUUCCACACACUGUUUUUGCCAACUAAUAAUGGGCACACUUAAAUUACAGUAAUGUGGCAAUUUCUCAGUAAGGAGAAAAUCAUUCAAUUCAGUUUGAGGUCAUAUAAUUGCUCCAAUUAACAGGGCUUCAGCUUUAGCUUCUCAGAUCUCAGAACAAUUUGCACUGGAGCAAAAUCUUGUCCAUUUGCUGUUCCUUUAUAUCUCCUUCUCCACUUCUUCUACUUUAGGUAGCUUAGAGGGCUCCAAAUCCUAUUCAGAAAGUCUUUCGAAAAAUGCGUUAAUGAAAAAAGAAACAAAUCAUACAUAGUGGAGGAUAGGAUUUUGUGCCAUAGUAUAUAAUAGUAUUUUUUUCAUACAUAUUAGAGAGCGUAAAAUCACACUGGCUUUCUUUGGCCUUAAUGGAGCUUCUGGUUGUUUGCCUGCUUAAUCUGUGUCAAAUUUAUGUUUAUUUACGAUAGAUUUUUUUUUAUUUGUGUCUUUGUGUGUGUGUGUGUUUGUGUGUGUGCACCUGUGUGCACGUGUGUGUACGUACCUGCGUCUUUCGGCCAUUUUUUGUUCAUGUGCUUGUUAUUUGAAAUGGAAAUGCUGAGGGUACAGUCAUCCUCCAGAGGAACAGUGUGUGGCAUUAAAGGCACCACAAAUUGAGCCAAAAGUUUUUGUUGUAUUCUCCACUGGUAUAAGCAGUUUGGUUCACAUGUUGAUUCCAGCGAUUAAGAAGGUUGCAUUUUUCCUAUUUAGGCUGAUAUGUACACUAAGGGGCUAAAAGUACAUCUUUAUUAAUGAUUGGAUGAGUAAAGCAAGUGCCAUAACAUCAAAAACUCAGCUAUAUAUCGCACAAUGCACAUGCUGCUGCUCGGUCACAUUUUGGAAUCAGCAAACGAUGGGUGUGUGCUUUAAUAAUCCCAGAUUUUGUUGUCUUCUUUUGUUUACAUCAAAAGGUGCUCAGUUUCUUCAGAAGGCGUAUUUCCUUGCAGAUGUUACGGUAACAAAUGUUACCACAUGAAAAAAGCGUAUCUGGAGUGGUAUAUCACUGGUGAUGUGCAUUUUUUAUGUAUUUAUUGCUUUAUUUGUGGACAUUUUUAUUGUGAUUUUGAGCUGCAACUCCAACACGGCCUUCGUAAAUCAGCCACAUUUUAAGUGUCUAAAUUCGGUUGCUUUGUUAGGAUAUUUCCACAAUAAAUGCUUCCAGAAAAGCAGUAUCAAGGUUUCAGAUCUUAACUUUUAAAGCGCAGGAGGAGUGAAAAGCGAUGUGCAUUUUUUCCAUUUACGCGAUUUAUCAAUUUAACAAAGCAGGGAAUGCUAUUGUAAAUACUUUAAAUACUACUGUCUUUUGAAACCAAUCAUCAUACAUUAUUAGAUGAGCAAAAAUAAAAUAACAUUUAAAAAAAGAAGACUCACAACCAUAUCCAGAAAAACCGGAAAGUUAAUUAGGGUUGCUUUUGUAGUGAAAAAAAGCAGCCGUUUCAUUAUAGAAGCUAGUGCCUUUAUUUAUGAUGAAAUGAUCAUGUCUGUAAUAAUGCACUUAUUGUGGAAAUACAGUUUAUAAAAUGUAAUGUUAAUAUCUGUAACAAAUGUGAAACCACAAUCUAUACUUCCAAAGACAAUACAAAAAAUUUCAAUGAGAAUGAAGUGGUGUUCAUCAGUAUAAAUCCACCAUAAAAACCAAUGGUUUUUAUUCAUUUUAGUAAUGAGAGCUGCUGCCCAACUCUGUGACUACUGUGGUGUUUAAUGGACAAGAUCAGACAGAAAAGGAGUCCAGAAGUGUGUUUUUACAUUCUUUGUAAGACACUAACUGAUGCAAUGCUGACUGGAAUCUAUCAGUGAAGAAGCCAUCUCAUCACAGGUGCUUUAGCAGCGGUGUCAAACAACGGCUCCCUCUGGCAGCCUCAGGUGCUAAGCAAACCAUGGAGUAACAUGGAGUAAACCUUCCUUAUAAGAGUACAAAUGCCACUUCCAUUUUCAAAAAUGACUAAUUGCUGUAUUUUUGUAUUUUUUGAUAUAAAAGAACAGGCAGUUGGAGUGGUGGUUGGAUUCAAAAUCACACUGAAAGAGAAAUGAGGAACUCUUCUUCCAUAAAGCCUCUAUUAUGGCACAGCAGCAGCCAUAUUUAAAGAAAGCUGCAGACAUUCUUCAAAUGUCUCAUUUCACCUUGUAGCUGUUGAAUAUCAUUGUUCUUAGGCCAUCCGUCGAAACAUCUUUAUAUUAGGUCGAAGAAGAAGAGUGCCGCAGUUUCCUUUCAACGGGACAUUUUGCUUUAUUGAAUGUUUCACUACAGACCUUGUGAUGUUUGUGUUGCUGGGGUCCACUGGACAGAGCUCUGCUGGGAGUUCACUGAGGGAAUGGGUGGAGGCACCGGGGUGGUUGAAGGCCUCUGGCAGUGUACUUGUCAGGCCUGCAAGACUGAGAGGGCCAAAGUCAUUGCAUGUAUCACUGUGUAGGAGGAGACAAGGUAAACACAUGAAAGAUUAAUAUUAAUCAGGACUAUGGCAACUAUAUAAGAAAGGAACAAGAUAUUAGUGUCAGUUAUGUUUGGGAUAUCACUGACUGGCAUUUUUAACUAAUUCUUUCAAAAUGAUGCAUCUGAUAUUAGAUCAGUUCUUUCAAGAGUUUAAAACAAGGAUUUAUGGAAAUAAUCUAACUGCAUUAACAAUAACCAUAUCUUGUAAUGUACAUAAUGUACCAACAUGUCCAAAUAUACUUACCUAUUAUAUUGUUUUGUUAAGGAAUUAAUUCUACUAUAUAUAUAUUAUCUGGGAGAACCUCACUGAUUCACUUUGCCAACUAAACACUUUAUGGAAUUUGUAGAUGUAAUUAGUCUUAUAUAUUGUAAAAUGUAAAAUAAGAAAUUGCAUAUUUUAUUAAAAUUGGUCAAUAAUAUGCAUGCAGUUAGAGAAAUUAAUAAAAACUUAUAUUCCCUUUUUUUUUUUAUAUUUCCACAUGGAAAUAGUUUUAUGUAGAUGCUGCUGUGACUGUUUCUACAAAGUCAGUCUAUAUUUUCCAAGUUAAAGUGAAGAGUGAAGCUUCUCUCGGAGCACACUGGAGGUCCAGUUCAGUCGUCUGCAUCACCUCCAGAAUGAAAGCACGUUCAAAAUGACAUGACCUAGCUGAACUCAAGUACUAAAAUGCACUAAAAUGAUGUGCACAUAUUGCAGGUUCGGUGGGGUGAUUUUUUUUAUUUGAUUAUAUUUUUUUGGUCGAAUGCCAACAUUUUUUUGAGAAAACCCUGAAAAUGCAAAGUUAGGGGAGGAGCUCUUGAAAUGAGAGGGUGGGGUGGGGAUUGUAGCUUUAUGUGACUGUGUAGUUCAAUGAGACUAAUGUGGAGUGAGGACAGAGCGAGCUGGAUGUGGGAGACAUCUUAAGUUGGCAGAGAGAGAGGUCGCAUUUGCCUCCACAAAGAAGUACUGUAUACCUCUUCAUGUGCCACAGAGAAACAUGUCUGUGUACAUAGUGUAUAGUGAAAGAUUUGAUUUGCAUGGUUUGAAUGCUAUUGAUCAAAAUAGAGAAUUACCACUACCAGAGCAAAGCCUCUGCUGUUACAUGUUAGAAAAGCAUGGCAACAGUGUUCCUUGCAACAUUUUAAAGCAAAAGCCAGUGAAAAAGUGUAGCUUUCCUGAAGGGUCAGAUUUAAACUGACUAUAAAACGCUGUGUUCCAGAGGUACACUGCAAAUCCUAAUGUUAUUCACAAAAAAUAACACAGCUGUACACUCAAUUUUUACAAAUAGGACCCUUACAGUAGGUUUGCCACAGGAAUGUUUGGAUGCAGUGAAAGCACAUGGCAUGUAGUUUGAUGAUUUCAGUGGAUUCAACUUUCAGAACUGUUUGGAGAUGACCUGUUAAAGAAAGCACAGGUGUUUUCAUAAUACAUGCAACGUGAAUGUUCCACUAUGGAGGACAGAAAAAUGAACAAAGUGGAAAUAACUAAAUGCAGAAAUAAAGAGACCAAUACAUAAAUAAACAAGAAAAGCACUCAGAGAGCGCAGUACUCCCUCAAGGCUGCUCAGUUGUAUAAUUUCUGACGGAUGAAAUGUUGAAAAAAAGUCAUGGCAGAAAUCACAGCACCAUAGAAUGUGGCCAUUUAAUAUAGAUGUACCCACAAACAAAAUGACCUUGUGCUGAGCACAGGCGUGUGUUAUGCAUGUGUACGUUAUGUACGGAUACCGAAUCGCGUGACCUAAAUAUGUAGCGGGUGGCGGGAAUUGAUUAGACUCGGAAACACCCCCACAAUUUAAUCAAUUUUUCCAUGUAUCAUUUCCGAUAUCUGGAGUCCUGAUAAGUCUGCGGUGGUUGAUUUGUAGUGGGAUCACAAUCAUGUGAUUGUCAGCUGACAUAGUGUUCACUUGUCAUAGUUACAGUGAUGCCGUGACACUAUCUCGCAAUGAUACAGAAAUCUUUAACAAAUCUGUAGUACCAGACUUUAAGCCGCAUCUCUGCCAAAAUAUAAUCAAUUGGUGCUUGUGUCAUUUCUGACCUUCCCUGAAAAUUUCAUCCAAAUCCGUUAAUCCAUUUUUGAAUAAUAAUGCUAACAGUCAGACAGACAGACAGACCAACGGCAAUCAUCACAUAAGUCUGCCGAGGCUCCGCCUCCUUGGUGGAGUAAUAAAAUAUAAAUAUUUGAUGGGCUACACAGUGGCUUGGUGGUUAGCACUUUCGCCUUGCAGUUAGAAAAUCCCCGGUUCGUGUCCCGGCCUUCCUGGGAUCUUUCUACAUGGAGUUUGCAUGUUCUCCCUGUGCAUGUGUCGGUUUUCUCCAUGUAUUCCAGCUUCCUCCCACACUCCAAAAACAUGCUGAGGUUGAUUGGUGAUUCUAAAUUUUCCAUAGGUGUGACUGCGAGUGUGAUUGUUUGCCUCUAUGUGUAGCCCUGUGAUAGACUGUUGAUCUGUCCAUGGUGUCUCCUGCCUUCAUCCUAAAUCAGCUGGGAUAGACUUCAGCCCUUCCUCGACCCUAAUGAGGAUUCAGCGUUACAUAGAUAAUAGAUGGAUAAAUAUUUGAUAAUGGAAAAGAGCAUUAAUUGAAAGUUUUAAAUGUAUUGCUAUAUUUCUUUUUAUUAUCUUUUAAGUAGGUUAUUUCUGUAUUCCUUCUUCUCUUUUGUUCUGUAUCACUGUAGAAGGUAAGAGGUCCUCACCUCAAUCUAAGUUAUUGCAUGUAGUUAGUAGAAGGUUAGCAAAGGUAGAUUUUUAGAUUUGCAUUUGAUAGGAAUAAUUUGCUUCAGCCAGUUUACCAAUCUUACAUUAGACUGAAGCCACUGAGGACCACUCACCUAAUUUGCAUACAGAUAAAAAGUAAUACGGACAAAAGAAGUGUAGAAAUACAGUAGUAAAUAGGUGAUGAAAUAAAUGUAUCUAAUCAUUUAUUUCUGCAACUAUUCAGUUAUUCAUACCUGGGUCAUUUUUCGUCCUCCAUAAACCUUACAAAUUGUAGUUUCAAGCAACAACAAACCAGUCUGAUUUGAUGCUCUUUGUCAAAUUGCAGUCAGACCUGUGUUGAGUACAGUAUACAGUAAACUUUGGAUUCUUUUUGAAAGGAGGAUUACUCAGUCCCCUACAGUGCUCCACACUUUGGGAUAACUAUGAUGAUUUGCAGUUGAUGGAACUGUACAAGACUCCAUUAACUAGUUAUGCCUGAGGACUAAACAUCAUUAUUCACUCAUUAAAGGUCAGUUUGUAAGAACAUUCUCAGUACUGUAUCACUGGACUCUUAGCUGAGGAGAACUAGAGCACGGCAUCAAGAGAGACUUGUCUUUGUGUGUUGUAGAGAUUCACAUUUUUAAUGUAUUGAACAGGCUUUUACUCCAUAAGCUACAAGAGCAGAGAAUCUCUGGUGCUAACACAUGCUGCACAAGCAACUUUGUUUUUUUAACUUUAUGGACCAUGUUUAGUUGCUAAAGUGCUAUAACUGUGCCCGACAAAAACAAACUGUUGUUUUAUUUCUGUCAUUCCCUCAAUAAACAAAACAAAAGAAAUUGAAAAAAAGGGAAGCAGAUAACUUUUUGAGUAAACUUAAACCCAAAUAGGCAAUUUACACAUGUGAUGACAGAUUUUAAUCAUAUCAAAUGCUCACAAUAUAACGUUGACAUUUUGUCUGUGAAUUGCAAAUUGAUCCAAUGAUAAAAUGCAUCCGGUAUCACAUCUCUGUGUUUGAAGUGAAAUAACAGCUCAGCCAGUGAAAUGUUCCGAUUAAGUUUAAUAGUAAAGAGUACACAAAGUCCACAAAUGCAUGACAUGAUCAUACUUGAAACUGUCAGACUCUUCAUGAGUGCAGUUGUUUUUCAUUAAAAACAUCCUUUAAAGGGGAUACACAGUAAUAACAGAUAAAAUACCAUAUUUUGUUGGAAGGGUGGCAGCAGACAGACGCAUUGAGGCAGAGAACUUCAUCUAAACUAAACUUGACACAUAGCCAAGCUCUCUCAGAAAGCUUUUUUUCACAAUGCAGAAAAACCACAGACACUUUGCCACUGGUGUAUAACUGCAGCAGCAAACAGAUCAAAUUUUGUCCAAACUUGAGUGUACAAAAACAUCAUUACAGAUUUGAAAUUCUUAAAAAAAUAUAUAACAUGUAAAUAACAACUCAAGUGAGCAUACCAUAUAAGAAUAUAUUAAUAUAUUUUUUGCAGGUGAAAAUAUGAUGCACAUCAUCUCUAUUGAUGACUGAGUGGAAACUGCGUAGUGUAGGGUCUGCUUCAGUGACACAUUAUAACAUGACAUAGCAGACCAGUGUCUAUACCAUAUGUGAGUGAUGGAAACCUUCUAAAUGCUAGAAAUUAGUUUCAAAAUUUAAUAUGAUAGAUGCAGGAAAUUUAGAGAAAAAAUGAUAUAUCUAAAUAACUAACUAAAUAAAUAAAUAUACAUAUAUAUAAAUAUAUAUUGUCAUGGAACCAAACUGGUGAUAUGAGUAUCUAUAUUUGGGGACAGUACUUGUUUUAAAGAAUGUAUAAGUCUAUAUUCUAUUAUUUUUAUAUCCAUUUGUUGCUUUAUACUGUAGCGAUGCAGAAUCGUACACAAAGUAGAAAAACAUGUUGUUCAGUUGUGUACAAAACAAAAGAAAAAGGUGCACUAAACUGUACUGUAUAUCUCACUGUCUAUUACGCAGACUCUCAGAGAAGGAUACAGCAAACUAGUUUUUAUAGUAAUGUCCAUUUGGUGUGAAUAGCAAAUGUACCUGUUGAAUUGUUUGUGGGCCGUCAUCUUACCACACUGCUCAUUUAUUCUUUAGGGGACCAGAGUUUAGCUCCUCACUAGAUUAUUAUGUAUUUUAUCUCAUUUAUUUUUAAAACCAGGCAGGCUUCACUGGCAGUGUUUUUUAAUAUGCUUUGGCAUGAAAGAAUUUUGAUUUUUUUUUCCCCCCCUCAUACUAUGGUGCUCCCUUUCAAUCUGUAUCACAGCAGAGCACAGAAAUCUAAAUGUAUAUUUAUCAAAUUCACAAACUGUGCAGAUAGAUAAUGUUUGACAGCGUAUAUAUUUACAGUAUGUGUGUAGAGAGACACAGUGCUUUGUGAUGCUGCUUUGAACUGACGUUAGGAUCCAAAUGUUUCAUUUUGGUCGUAAACUGAAGCAUGUACAAGGUAAUGAACGUUUUCUUGCCUUAGUCUCUGAAGUGGAGGUUGAACAUUGCAGCAGCUGCUAAACGUUACUCCGGACAUUCAAUUCAGUGCUGUACAUUGCCAAAAAACAACAAAAAAAUAUAUAUUACUACAAAAAAACCAAUAACACACACAUCAUAUACAUUCUGACAACUGGUGCUAUUUAAAACAUCUGUGGUGCUUUUUUUAAGUUAGUUAUUUCCUUGCUUCAGACAAAAUGUAGCUACACAAUCCUGUACUGUACUGUAGGCUGCUUUUUGGCCAGUCUUUGACCUGGUUCACGCAUGUUUGUCAGACGGUUUUUCUUUGACUGCUGCUGUUUCAGGGAAUUCACAGAUCUGAUUGGACUAACAUUUGAAGUCAAAAAAUUUUAAAAGCAAGGAAAUUUAAUAGGAUAUUCAUUUAAAUAAACAUCCAUUUGAUUUGAGUUUCUUGGACUUUUUUUGUUAUUAAUUUUGUUCUGGACUUCACAGUGCUUCAGUGACUACUAUACUAGUGGUUGCAAACACAUCCACACAUUGUGCUUGGUGCUGAGUGAUUAGAUAUGCUCACCGUGAAUUUUGACAUUUAUUUUAGCUAUUAAAAGUGUUCUAUUAGGUCAAGGAAACAUACUAACUUAACCUACAGGUGCACUUUUAUGAUAGGCCGUGGGUCAAAUCAGUAGGUUUGGUUCCUCUGCAGCCAAACUGCUCCAAAAGCCACCACUAGAUGGAGCAACCUGUAGCGUUACUAUGUUUGAAGACCAGAUAAAGCACCUGAAUACUUUUUUGUAAAGAUGCCGUUUAAAAUUUGUCACACACAACUUUUUGGAUAUACAAUACAUGAAAAGUUUAAAUGACAUGAAGCUGAUUGUGUUUUUUCAGUACAAAAUGCAAUACAAUUGGAAGAAGAACAAACUGAACUCACUGUCUCCUCUUAAUUGUUUGGUCUUCCUGAGAUGUGUAGAACUGGUUUAAGUUACAGUCCUUCUGGAAAACAACACGAGUGUUUUCACUGUUAGUUACAGGUGUAGACAACUCAGUACCUCAAAAUGUCUCUUCAUGGAAACCUUUACUCCAGAUGCCAGAUGUGUAACUUAUCAUUUGUUUCUAAUGUUCUCCAUCUCUGAGAAGUCAGUACUCAUAAUGCUUUUUAUAUUUGUUGGCACAAACACUAACAAGAAUGUAUGGCUAUUGUAACCCCUGCUCACUCCCCACUCUUCCUAAGAAUUGAAGCUUUUAAAGCAACAAAAUUGAACUGUCAGUUUUUGUAUUUCAAAUGUCUUGGUAUGCUUGUUGUAGUUGUAUAUUCAUAAUGGUGUAUAUUACAUCAGUUUUUAUUUAUUAAAAUGUUUAAAUUUUCUAACA